GUCCACCAAUAGAUCCAGCUGAUUGGCCAUCAGUUCUACCCGAUUCCUUUAGGACCGAUUUAGUAGGUAGAGGGCCUUUUCAGGUUGAUAAACAAUUCACUUUUCCAAGAGAAGAUGGUAGGAGCUUUCACCAUCAUUAUUUCCACAGAACAUUAGUGAAUGGGGAAAAGAUAAAGCGGACCUGGCUUAUCUACUCAAGAAAAAACGAUGCCGUUUACUGCUUUUGCUGCAAGUUAUUUUCAAGGAAGGACUACAAAUUAAUGACAGAGGGACUAUCAAACUGGAGCAGCAUAGGCAUGCUUCUGAAAAGUCACGAAAGUAGUCCAGAGCACACAACCCUCAUGGCAACCUGGAAAGAUUUUGAACAGCGUCUACAAACCGGAAAGACCAUAGACCAAGCUGAAAGCACACUUUUAGAGGCUGAGAAGAGGCGCUGGAGAGAUGUCCUAACCCGCCUGAUCUCUAUAAUGCAAUCUUUGGCUGAGAGAAAUCUUGCAUUGAGAGGUUCAGCGAACACAUUACACCAGCAACAUAAUGGAAACUUCUUAAAAGAGGUGGAGCUUCUAGCUAAAUUUGAUCCUGUCAUGAAGCAGCACAUUGAGCGUGUGGAGAGUGGCCAGUUCAGUCAUUCCAGCUAUCUUGGAAAUCUGAUCCAAAAUGAACUGAUUGCUUCAAUCAGUGGGAAAAUGUUGGACACAAUGGUGACUGAGAUUAAACAGUCCAAAUAUUAUUCAAUCAUUUUGGAUUGUACCCCUGACGUAAGCCACCAAGAGCAGAUGUCAGUCAUCAUAAGGACUGUCAUAAUGGACGAAGCGCCCACAAUCAAGGAACACUUUCUAGGAUUUCUUGUGGCUUCCGAAACAACAGGUCUUGGUUUGUCAUCUUUGAUUUUGAACAGGCUUAAGGAGCUUAAUAUUCCAUUUGAUGAUUGCAGAGGUCAAUCAUACGAUAAUGGUGCCAACAUGAAGGGGAGGAACAGAGGGGUUCAAGCAAGGCUGCUCCAGAAAAAUCCACGUGCACUUUAUGUUCCAUGUGUGUCACAUUCAUUGAACUUGGUGGUGGCUGAUGCAGCAAAAGCGUCGACAGAUGCCAUCAGCUACUUUGGUAAUGUACAGAAACUGUACACCCUUUUCUCAGCAGCCCCACAAAGAUGGGCAAUCCUAAAGGAACAUCUGACUAUUGCACUUAAGUCUUGGAGUGACACACGGUGGGAGAGCCGUGUCAACAGCAUAGAGGCAGUGCGGUACCAGGCCCCUAACAUAAGGGAGGCAUUGUUGGAGGUCAGGGACAAAGUGACAGAUCCCCUGACCAAGGUUGAAGCACAGAGUUUGGCAGAAGAGGUUGGGUCAUACCGCUUCCUCAUUUGCACAUGUGACAAGCUCUGCAGCACAUUAAGCACUGGAGAUGGAGGUGACAUUGAUGGAAAGGAGCUGGCUCUGGAAAUUACCAAUCUGCCAAGCCUGCCUACAUGUGAAAUGACUGCACUGGAGCUCCUCUCUUUCAUCCACAAAAAAAACCUGAAUGAACUGUAUCCCAAUCUGUGGAUUGCCCUGCGAAUCGUCUGCACUCUUCCUGUGACUGUGGCCUCAGCAGAGAGGAGCUUCUCAAAGCUGAAGCUCAUCAAAACCUACCUGAGGUCAUGCAUGGGACAGGAUCGCCUCACUGGUCUUGCCAUAAUCAGCAUCAACCAUGAGAUUGGCAAGCAGCUGUCAUAUGAUGACAUUAUUGAUGACUUUGCUUCUAAAAAAGCAAGGAAGCAGAAGUUUUGA